AUGGGAGCGGUGUGUGGGGAAAAGGCAGUGGGCAUCAAUAUUGUGGCUCUUGCGCUUGUAGAUGAUGGAUACACAAAGAUCAUUCACUUGACAGAGAAAGACGAGGGAAUCAAAGCUGCAAGGGUAUCACUGGGAGUCUUGGGAGCCAUUUCUCAGGUGAUGUUUGCUAUGGAGAAGAUUUUCAAGCGUUUGGUAACCCUGAAGGUCAAAGAAGACUUGGAUCUGGAAAAUUCGGAACGGGAAAGUGGCCCCAAUUGGCUUUCAACCAGCGACGGUGAAGAGUGUUGUAGAGAACAGGGCAAUAGAGGCUUUCCUGUGGUGGGCUAUAAUCAACUUAUGCAGAGUUCCUCGGGUUGCCAGAUCAAUGCCCACAAUAAGGAGAACGAUCUAUGUCUCUGGAAGGCAAAGGAAUUAAAAAGCAACGACAUUAUUUGCAAUUGGGACAUGGAAGUGAAGGGCGGUUUCUAUUAUCAUACUUCCAUUGCAAUCCCUCUGUCAAGAAUAAUGGAAGCCAAGCAGCUUCGUGACAUGGAUCCAAGUGCAUUGUGUAACUACAGAGGAGUGCCGCACUGGGGGAAGAAUCAGGUGUAUACUUUCAAGGGAGCAGCCAAACAAACUAUGAAUCUGGGCAAACUUUUGGAGGUAAAGAAGCAGCUGGACCCAAAAGGGUAUUUCUCUAGUGAGUGGUCGGAUGGAGUGCUAGGAUCAGUAAAGGGGUACAAAUAUGGUGAGAUGGGCGUGCUUUAG